AUGGCGGUGGGAUCAGAUUUAGGCGACCACCUACAAGGCUACAGAGAAACCGGAUUAACCUCUAAAGUAGACGAGCGCAGGCUGAAUCGGGUAAUUUUCUUUAUUUUCCCUGUUUAUGCAAAUCAUAGUUGAUGCUUCAGAGUUGUGCACGCUUCAUCAUUUCAUAAUCAGUGCUAACGGCUUUCAUAAAGAGGUCAGUGUCUGAGCCAUCACGGUUAUUUCUAUAUCGAUAUUAACAGGGGUAGUAGUAGUAUGAAUGGCAGCAGAAAUGAUGGGUAGAUUGAUGAUCUUAGGCGUAAUAACAUUUGUGGUGUUGGCAGUAGCAGCAUUAGUGGCAUUUUUUUAAAGUAAUAAUGAUUUUAAUGGUUGUAAUACUGCUAUGAAUAGCAGCAGAAAUGAGGGGUGUACUUGUGACCUUAAUCAUAGUAGUACUUAUGGUGUCGGCGACAGUAAUAGUAACUGAAGCACUAACAAAUGUAGCAGUUUCAACGUAGCUGACUACAUCAGUAGAGAUUUCAGAGCAUUCCUGACGUUUUGUAUUUUAGGAGCGAGUAUCAAAUGUGACAGUGGUAGCCGUAGUAUCAGCAAAUAUUUUAAGACUAACCUGACAAUAGUAUGGAGUACAGAAGUCUUCUUCUACUUUUCAGUUUAUUUCAGUUUAUUUCAUAAGGAUGAUAAGCAAAGCCUUUGAAAACCCUAUUGAUUACAUGUCAGCUCGUUAGAAAUAAAUGUACAGUAACAAUGAAAAUAUUCGCCAUACAAAUAGUACUUGAUUCGUUUGAGUAUCAUUGUCACAGAGAAAAAAUAUGUGGGGAACCGGGGUAUUUAGCUCAGAUUCAGACUGUCGAGGGAAAACAGGGGACACAAAUAAUCAUCCGAGCGUUUCUUGAAGAGUUGCAGGGAUGUCGCCUCCACGACUGACUGAGGAAGAUCGUUCCAGUUCUCCACUACCAUUUGCGUGAAAAAUUCAGAACGAAGGUUCAGCCUGGACAUUGUUGUCCGUAGCUUCAUCGAGUGGCCACGAAGAUUGUGUGAAAGGUGCCACUGAAACAUGCCCUCAAAGCUAAGUCCAUCCUCAAGGCCAUUUAUUAUCUUGUAAACCAGGAUUAGAUCACCUCUUUGAACACCUUCUUUGAAGUCUAGCAUGUGGGAAAUUCGCUCCAAGUAGAAUGUUUUGCUUUUGGGUGUGGGUAUGAAAUCCGGCCGCAUAAACAUCUCAAAGCCCGUAAUAGAAAGUCACGCAGGUCACGGGGCUUUUCCUAAGUAAAAUAUACAACGCAGAGUUUCCGCUAAAAAAGGUGCGUCUUCUCAGGUGCAUUCGAAUCACCGUAAACAACGUCUAAUUUGCAUUCAGCAUGCGUCGUUAUCCACCCCCUUCCAACCCCCAGACAAUCCCGCGCAAGUCCGUGUUUUUCCCGGUAACAGUAUGGAAGGUGCGCGAGAACUCCAUCAGCCGAUUUUAACACCCACCCACCACACACACACGCACCCCUCUGGCGAUGUGCAUGCCCGUUUGAAGAUCCGGUCCGUUCUCCUCAGACCAUCCGUCAUAACAGCCGAGUUCUGCACACAACACCCCUAGGGCAAAAUAACUCCCAAGCAUGGCGGUGGGAUUAGAAUUAGGUGACCGCUCACGAAACCGUAGAGAAACUAGGCAGACAAUAACAGCGGAUGUCGAAGUAGGAGAGUGCGGAACCAGUCGGAGGACUUUAUUCGCCACGCACGUUUAUGAAAAUCAAAGUAUAACCAUAAAAUUUAUGCUUCAACUUUGUGCAAGCCCUCACCAUUCCAUAAUCAGUGUUUACGGUUUUAUAAGGACUUCGGUUUCUGAGCCAUUGCAUUUAUUUCAAUAUCAAUAUUAACAGCGGUAGUAGUAGUAAUGAUAGAAGUUGUAUGAAUGGCGACAGAAAUGACGGGCAUAUUGAUGAUCUUAGGUGUAAUAACAUUUGUGGUGUUGACAGUAGCAACAUUAGUGGCAUUUUUUACAGUAAUAAUGAUUUUAAUGGCUGUAGUACUGCUAUGAAUAACAGUAGAAAUGAGGGGUGCACUUGUGACCUUAAUCAUAAUAGUACUUAUGGUGUCGGCGGCAGUAAUAGUAGCUGAAGCACUAACAAAUGUAGCAGUUGCAACGUCGUUGACGACAUCAGUAGAGAUGCCAGAACAUUCCUGACGCUUUGUAUUUUAGAAGCGUCACACAGCCCCCCAGGGGUUUCUUCAAGUAAAAUAUACAACGCAGAGUUUCCGCUAAAAAAGGUGCGUCUUCUCAGGUGCAUUCGAAUCACGGUAAACAACGUCUAAUUUGCAUUCAGCAUGCGCCGUUACACUCCCCCCCGUCCCAGUCCGUGCUUUUCCCGGUAUAAGUAUGUAAGAUACGCGAGAACAUCAUCAGCCGAUUUUAACACCCACCCACCCACCACCCACACACUCAACUCUGACGAUGUGCAUCCCUGCUUGAAGAUCCGUUCCGUUCUCCUCAGACCAUCCGUCAUAACAGCCGAGUUCUGCACACAUCAACGGGCUAGGGCUUACACCUAGACUAAGUCAGUUUAAGGCAUGGCGGUGGGGUCAGGAGUAGGUGACCACCCAGGAGACAACAUAGAAACCGGAUUAACGUCUAAAGUAGACGAGCGCAGGCUGAGUCGUGUAGCUUUCUCUAUCGUCCCCGUUUAUGCAAAUCCAAUCACAUACACAAAGUUCACGUUUCAAAUUUGUGCACGCCCUCACCAUUUCUAAUCAGUGCUUGUGGCUUUUAUAAGGAGUUCGGCAUCUGAGCCGUUACACUUAUUUUUACAUCAAGGUCACUGGCGGUGGUAGAAGUAGUAAUGGUAGUAGUUGUGGUAGUGGCGGUACAAAUGACAGGUAUACUGGGGAGAACACCGACCGACAGACGCAUGGCGAGAACCCAAGAUACGGCUUUGGCCCGAUUCUAUGGCCUCCCUAAGGUGCACAAAGACGGCGCUCCUCUCUGACCCAUCGUGUCGCUCAAAGGGACUCCAACGUACGGACUGUCUAAGUGGCUGUUCCGGCGUCUCAAGUUCCUGACCGCUGAGUCAGACACCACGGUCCCUUCGUCAGCUCAAUUUCUGAAGAAACUCAAAGGGGUAAGCCUCCAUCCAAAGGAAGUCAUGGUAUCUUUUGAUGUUACAUCCCUUUUUACUUCUAUUCCCCAUGACCUGGAGAUCGAGACAAUUGAGCCGCUACUACAAAGCAAAUAUGAUGCAACGGAGAACCGUCUUGGACACGCCCAACUCCUUCAGCUCCUUCAGCUCUGUCUCAGGACGUACUUCACGUUCGACGGGUCAAUCUACGAACAGGUGAGGAGCACACCAAUGGGUUCGCCGAUUUGGGGACUCAUGGCCGAGGCGGUCCUGCAACGGUUAGAAUCGCUGGUCUUCCAACACCACAGACCGAAAUUCUGGGCCCGGUAUGUGGAUGAUACCUUCGUCGUCAUCGAACGGGAUCAGGUGUUGACAUUCCAAGAACAUCUAAACGCCGUUUUCCCGAACAUUCAAUUUAUGACGGAGGAGGAAGAUAACAACCAGCUGGCCUUCCUGGAUGUCCUCGUAUGCCGUAAAGAUUGUGGUGAACUAAAAACCAAAGUGUUCAGGAAAGCGACAAAUACGAUGCAAGUACUGAACAUCAACAGUAACCACCCAAUCAGCCACAAAUUCAGUUGUGUAAGGACGCUCUAUCAGCGUGUCGAAACGCACUGCAGUGAGCCGGAAGACAAAAUUGCUGAACUACAAUACCUCCGACGGGUCUUCAAAGCCAAUGGCUACCCGCGCAACUUCGUCGACCGGUGCAUACGCAAAAGGGUCGAAAGGCCUAACCGCACGGACACCAAAUUUUGACGGGCACUUCCGUAUGUCAAGAACGUUUCGGAAGCUGUCGGUCGCCUUCUCGCACCACGUGGGGUUGGAGUGGAACACAGACCAGAGUCAACCAUCAGGCGCCAGGUGAUGAAACCGAAAGACCAGCUGCCACGGCUAGAAACGUCUGGAGUUGUUUAUCGGUUUUGGUGUAGUUGCGGACAAAGCAACCACGUCGGAGAAACCGGAAGACAGCUCCGAACGAGAAUGGCCGAACACGCGGCAGCGGUGCGCAGAAAUGACGCCAGCUCUCAAGUUGCGGCUCAUUCGACAAGAUCCGGCCACACAUUUAAAUUCGAUGAGGCCGAAAUUCUCGCAAGAGGUGACAACCGAGUGAGCCGGGAGCUACUGGAAUCAUGGUUUACUUGCCCCCAGUCCAUCAACAAGUGCAAUGAACGUUCCCUUUCAUACUCAGUGCUGAGACUUCGCCUAGGCGGAGUAAUUAGUCCCGCGGGAAGCGCACAGGUAAACACUUUUCCCAACGCCAGGGUCGGUGGAGCAGAUGGUCGAGCAAUAAUCACACUAACAUCCAACGCACGUGAUGCAAUAACAGCAAUUAUCGACUCAAAUGUCGGCCAUCAAGCAAUGAUCACACCAAGUGCGACGAUCCCGGAUGAAGGGGGGAGAGCCGUGAAUGUUCAUAGGUAUGCGGUAGCAUGGCUACUGCAUCCUAUAAAUACCGCAGCCCCUUGUGCAACAACCACCCGUUUCUGCUUUUUUGUCUCUGAUGGUGGAUUGGAGUAGGAAUCCGAAACGUCAGGCUAAUAAAGCUCUUGUCCCCGCGAUCGUGUCUUCUUCUUCUUCUUCUUUUUCUUCAAGUCUUUGUGCUGUCGACAGUCAUUGGGCUGUGUUUUCUGCUCUCCUCGCAGAUUAAAGCCCUAAACACUCGUGAAGAAGGAGACGCGAUUGCUGGGACAAGAGGGGAAGAGAGAGCGAGAGAGAGGAAUUCUGAAGACCACAUUUUCAAACCCGCGGGAAUGAACAAGAGAAUCAUGAUUUGAGUUCAAACUAAAGUGUGCGCCGGUUGCUUGCUACGUGGGGCCACUGGUGAGAUUUGGGUGCCACCAAAUGGACGCUAGGCGUAGUCUCACCUGCAAGCAAGUGAACGACCACUACGACAAUUACGUGAACCCACCGCUGGACACCCCUACACCCCCCCUCACACACACACGAUAGUUCGACCGUCGAUUUCGACGAUGCCCACCGUGUGCCCCACAGCUGCAGCAGCGGUUGGAGCAGGGACGGUGACUUGCGCAGGGGUUUAUAGUGCCGGUAGACUUGCCCUGCAUCUUCCUACACUCUCCCCUCAUCCCCCGCCUGAGCCCGGUGUCAAGACAGAGUCAAGAUCACCGAAGACGAGGGAGGUCGCAGGUGGAUGGCUCGGACGGAUCUUCGCCUUGGCGCUCCCCUCCGCACCCCCUGGUACACCCAACAAAUAACCACGAUUUCAACCAACACAACAGAUAUUGGAGGCUGGCACGGUCGAAGCCGCGCCUAGGCGUAUCGCCGACGCCUGGCUCGGAUCCCACACUGUGGUGGGAGUGCCAUAAAGACCACAUUAAAAAGGGGCCAUUGCAGCCUGACUCUCAGACCUCCAGUCAAGGAGGAGGUCCAAGUUAUCCCGUCAGUUGGCAACCUUCCAAGCCACGGCUUUUAGUGCGCCGUGAUAGCUUCAAGCGCGUCAGAUUGAUUAUAGUGAGGAGCAAGUGCGCUGAGUCGUCGACCUCACUCUCCCUUCCCACUCCCACACUCCAGCCGCCGUCCGGGCCGGUCGGCAAACUGGAGUGGGGAAUGGGCGCGGUGGCUGACAUGGUCGACUGACCAUGCCUGCGCGCGCCACAGCACGACCUGGCCCCCCAUACACACACACAUUAGGAUUUCACAUAACGGGGGUUGAACGGCGGGUCUCUCACUUGCGUGAGAGACGUGGCCGUGGCUGGGGUCCGGGAAUGGGAAGAGAUAGUGAAAUCGACGUAUCAGAGCCUUUUCCUCACUACAAACAAUCUGACCCGCUUCAAGCUAUCACGGUGCGCUAAAAGCCGUGGCGUGGAAGGUUGCAAACUGAUGGGAUAACAUGGACCUCGCAGUCGGCCCAGUGUUGUGUGUGUCUGCGUGGAGUGGCCGACCGGUGGUCUAGGAGUCAGGCUGCAAUGACUCCUUCUUAAUGUGACCCUAUUGCACUCCCUCUGUGUGGGAUCCGAGUCGGGUGUGGCGGCACGCCUAGGUGCGGCCUCGGCUGUGCCAGCCACUUGCGACCUCUCCCACCCCCGGUUUUCUUGGUUCUGUCUUGACACCGGGCUCAGGUGUGGGAGGAGGAGAGAGCGCGGCACGAAAUCACACAGAUCUGCUGAUCUGACUUUCAAAAGUGGACACAACUCUUGGUUCAUUUAAAAAUAACCAGAGUGUCAGGAGACUAGUUCCCACGGUUAGUGUCAAAUGAAAAAAAAACAAUAUUCGAGUGCGGUAAGUUCUGUUUUUUUAAAAUCCUUGAGAGCUAGUUACCAUUCUGUCAAAGAACACGCUCCGAUGCCCAGCCGAAGUCUACGACAGGUAUAAGCAUAGGAAAUUGCCUGAAUAUAUGGCAACGUCCAUCUUUGUUCAAAUUUAUGAACAUUUUACUUGAGAAAAUUACGCGGACACAUGUUCUGUACAAAGGUCUCUUCUUUGAAGAGGCCGAACGAGCGAGCAAAAGGCGCAACGUUUAUGAUGUCCGGAAAUUCUGUUGUUAGGUUUCAUGAGAUAGAUCACGUGCUGUCGAUUAGUCUAUCAGUUGUAAAAAACGUGGCUGCGCCUCUCUCAACCCCUUCGGUCAGACGCAUUCCGCGAAGGUUCAUUAUCGGUCCUCCGUAAUCUACAGUAGUCCCGUCUCGUCCAUCUGGGAUCUAUGUGUAGGGCAUUUUACCGAGUAGGAACCAUCCUGAGCCCUAGAUGACCUCGUAUACCUCCUCAAAAAUCCCUAAACUGCGCAGUUAGGGAGUCCAAACGUCAGCCAUUUGCGUCGCCGUAUUUCCAGCUUCCCUUACCACAUCCUUUUAUUCAAUUAACAGGCUGUUAGAAUAAGUAUUCCUGUGGUGACCAAGGCGGAGACAGUGUGUGUUCUGUGAGCUACAAGUACCAAGUCAAAUCUCAUGUUGUGAGGAGAAGACGGAAAGCAUCUGAAUGAGGGGUUUAAUAUAAACAUAACCCGGAGUUGUCAUCUCAGGCAGCAGUGGCCACUGGCGAAGCCAGGGCUGGGGUUGACUGCGUCCAGUCAAACCUGAGAUUCUCUGGGACAGUGGUGACAGCCGCUUUUGUAGGCUCGUGGGCCCCAAGAUCAAGUGGUCUCCAAUCGGUGUGUGUGCUGCAUUUUUCGAGGUGUGGUGUCCAUGUGGCUUGUUUUACUGGUUGCAGGGCGGAGGUGCGUUCAAGUGGCACAUGGGUGGCCGCGACGCUGUGGGGACGCAGUUGUGUUCGAGCUGAAGUCGAUCGUGUGGCUUCAGAUCAGCGCGUCUGGAGCGGUUCACAACAAAUGGGUGGAUGACCUUGAAGCAGCGGGUCUUGAACAAUGACGCCAGAUCGGUCAUGAUGGCUGCUCGCUACAUUCCCACUCAGCCUCAGUAACCGCGUCGAUUUUCAGCUUCGGCGGAACAACACUCCGUAACCAUUAUACUAUCGUUCAUACUACUAGAACUAUGAUUACGAGCGUCGCAUCGAGUAUCGUAAAGCUAUCACCAAUGUCAGUAUCCAUAACCCUGAUGGUAAUCAUACUAAUAGAAUGAUAACGCUAGUUAUGAUGCCACGACACCUACUUUUAUUAAUUCUAGUGGAAGUUCUUUCACCACAACCAAUAAAAUGCAGGCAAUGGUAUUUAUACCUUAUAGCUAUGGUAUCAAUUUAAUUUAUGCUAUCUCCGUCACUGCCGAUACUCCCAAUAGUACACUGUCUUACUUAGUCUUAAAAUGCUUGCUGAUACUACGGCUACCACUGUCACAUUUGAUACUCACUUCUAAAAUACAAAGCGUCAGGAAUGCUUUGGCAUCUCUACUGAUUUCGUCAACGGCGUUGCAACUGCUACAUUUGUUAGUACUUCAGUUACUAUUACUGUCGCCGACGCCAUAAGUACUAUUGUGAAUAAGGUCACAAGUACACCCCUCAUUUCUGCUGCUAUUUAUAGCAGUACUACAGCCAUUAAAAUCAUUAUUACUGUAAAAAAUGCCACUAAUGUUGCUAUUGUCAACACCACAAAUAUUAUUACACCUACGAUCAUCAAUAUACCCAUCAUUUCUGCCGCCAUUCAUACUACUACUACUACUACUACUACUACUACUACUACUACUACUACUACUACUACUACUACCGCUGUUAAUAUUGAUAUUGAAAUAAAUGCAAUGGCUCAGAAAGCGAAGUUCUUAUAAAACCGUAAACACUGAUUAUGGAAUGGUGAGGGCUUGCACAAAGUUGAAGCAUAUAUUUUAUGUUUAUACUCUGAUUUUCAUAAACAUGCGUGGCGAAUAAAGUCCUCCGACUGGUCUCGCACUCGCCUACUUCGACAUCCGCUGUUAUUGUCUGCCCAGUUUCUCUGCGGUUUCGUGAGCGGUCGCCUACUUCUAAUCCCACUGCCAUGCUUGGGAGUUAUUUCGCCCUAGGGGUGUUGUGUGCAGAACUCGACUGUUAUGACGGAUGGUCAGAGGAGAACGGACCGGAUCUUCAAACGGGGAUGCACAUCGCCAGAGGGGUGUGUGUGUGGUGGGUGGGUGCUAAAAUCGGCUGAUGAAGUUCUCGCGCACCCUCCAUACCUAUUCCGGGAAAAACACGGACUGGGGCGGGGGGAGGAAGUGGUGACGGGGGGGGGGGUAACGGUGCAUGAUAAAUGCAACUUAGACGUUGUUUACGGUGAUUCGAAUGUAUCUGACAAGACGUACCUUUUUAGCGGAAACUCUGCGUUGCAUAUUUUACUUGAGGAAAGCCCGUGGGCUGCGUGACUUCCUAAUACGGGCAUUGGGAUGUAUAUGCGGGCCGGAUUUCAUACCCACACCCAAAACCAAAACAUUCUACUUGGAACGACUUUCCCACUUGCUAGACUACCACAACUGCAUUUAUUUUCCAGAUCUCAUCGACGAGACUGUCAGAUUUCUACAUGUACACAAGGAUAAGGGUGAGGUAAGUCGCUCUGAGGAUAUUUGCAGUCGUCCUUUUGCAAAAUGGUAGUUCCUUACCAACUCCGUUAAAGGUGCGAAGCUGUUGUCGAGGUCUGAUGGUCACUGGUUUAGAUUGUGUCCCAUUACCUUGGUUCACGAACAGUUCGUAGGGCGACCGUUUACUCACAAAGGCCCCGAAAAGACAACACUGAGUCAUAUGCAACCACUUUACUGCUUAGACAAUUCGACCUGAACAUAAUGUGCCAACCCGAGUUCCCCGUUAGUUAGUGAACAACUAGGGCUAAAUUCAAAAUGCUAUAGUCUAUUACCACGCAUGAUCCCCGUGUACCACGAGGACCUUACUGUGUCAGUAAGUUGAUUUGAAAGUUGUUCAAAUGGACCAAAAAACUGUCCACACUGCCACAGCACACAUGGAUCACGCAUCGGUCUGAUCGGUCAUUUGUGGAUAGAGCACACAGGAACUGAGUAAGCGGUGCUAGUGCCAACACCACAAAUGUUAUUACACCUAACAUCCCCAGUAUACCUGUCAUUUGCGCCGCCACUCAUACACUUACUACUACUACUACUACUACUACUACUACUACUACUACCACCGCCAGUGACCUUGAUAUAAAAAUAAAUGUAACGGCUCAGAUACCGAACUGCUUAUAAAAGCCACAAGCACUGAUUAAGAAAUGGUGAGGGCGUGCACAAAGUUGAAACAUCAACUUUGUUCAUCUGAUUGGAUCUGCAUAAACGGGGACGAUAGAGAAGGCUACACGACUCAGCCUGCACUCGUCUGCUAUAAAUGCAAUCCGGCUUCUAUGUUGUCUCCUGGGUGGUCGCCUACUCCUGACCCCACCGCCAUGUUUUGGGUGAUAUGUUGGUCUAGGUGUAAGCCCUAGCCCGUUGAUGUGUGCAGAACUCGGCUGUUAUGACGGAUGGUCUGAGGAGAAGGGACCGGAUCUUCAAACGGGGAUGCGUAUCGUCAGAGGUGUGUGUGUGUGUGUGGUGGGUGGGUGCGUGGGUGUUAAAAUCGGCUAAUGAAGUUAUCGCGUACCUUACAUACUUAUACCGGAAAACACGAACUGGGGCGGGAGGGAGAUAGUAACGGCGCAUGCUGAAUGCAAAUUAGACGUUGUUUACGGUGAUUCAAAUGCACCUGAGAAGACGCAUUUUUUUAGCGGAAACUCUGCGCUGUAUAUUUUACUUGGGGAAAGCCCUGGGGGCUGUGUGGCUUCCUAAAAAAGGAUUUGGGAUGUAUGUGCGUGCGUGCAGGACCUCAUACCCACACCCAAAAGCAAAACAUUCUGCUUGGAGCGAAUAUCCCACGUGCUAGACUUCAAAGAAGGUAUUCAAGUAGAAGAAUACUUCUGUACUCCAUAUUAUUGCCAGGUUAGUUAGUUUGCUCCUCUGAUUAUCUCUCAUUCCUUCGACGUCUACUUUUUUGAUUUUGAGUAUAAAGGCUCUGAUGCUUCGUGGGAUUCGACGAUUAACAGGACUAAAUCCAUUAUGAUUUCUAUUAGUUCUGCCCAUUCCGCCUGAGCUUUUUUAAUAUCAUCAGCACGCCUUUUUCCAUUAUUCCAUGCUCUCUCAAAUCCAGUCUAAUUAUGAAUUUUAUUGUUUUGAACUCGCAAUUUCACUUUUUGAACAACUGCAUGAUUGUAAAUACCAGUUUGUGUUUCAGGCUAUAAUUCUGUCAAGGAACUGGCGCAUUCUAUGUCGCCACUUUCCGCCUUUACUUGACCGCGAUACCUUUUUACUUUCCCAUAGGCACUGGGAAAUUUUCCAACAAAUUCGAUUGGCCGUCCGCUUACGCCGCUUAAUGGCAUCUUUAAGUUGCCAGUAGUUAGCCCGUCAUCGGUGGUAAGGGCAUUCGUGUGGUCUAGCUCCCAAACACAACAAUUAAUAGAGGAGUAUCUUUGUCUUACCUUGGACGUAAUCUUUGAGGCCUCUUUUCUAAUCAUUUUUAUUAUUUAAUGAUUAUUGCUUGUUAAUUAAAACAUUACCGUCUCGUCUUUUUCCUUCUCCUUUUCCCUUUAACAUUUUAAAUACCCGUCUUUGAUUUUCGGCAGUCCACUACUGUCAAACUACUAAUAUGAGCCCCAAUGAUAUUAAUACCCUGUCUUAACAGCACUUCCUUUGUCCAGCCUUGGAUAAAAGGUAAAAACAGACCUCCGAUUGCGCUGCAAGGUUAAACAGCAGAAUACUUUGCUGACUACUCUACGGGAAAAGCAAAGACAAAGAAGCGUUUCGAAUGGCAACCUUUGAUUUGCAUACCAUUGCCCACCAGGCGUGGUGCAGCUCCAGUUCAGGAAUGCCCGGAGCUCUCCUCUCGCCGGAUGAUCCAUUCUAGCAUAAAGCCGAUUUCUGACAUUGCGUUGACUGUAAUGGGCCAUCUGCCGCUAGGUGAGUGUUAUUCACUUAUUUAUCCUGACGGACCUGUUCUCUCCAAGAACUUUAG